AUGGUGAAAGAUACCCUUGGAACGGCAGCUGCAGGUUCUAGCGCCCAGUCAAAGUCUAGAAGAAGAAAAAAGAGAAGAACGCAAGCUUCGGACUCAGAUUCUUCAUCCUCAUCUUCUUCAGCGAGUGAAGCAGAAGGGGAAAAUGAAGUCGUAGAGGAACAAGAAGAUGAUGAGGUACUGCUGUCUGAUGUAGAGGUCACUGAUGAUCAAGAAGUUAAAGAGCAUUUUAAUCCGGAAACUCUCAACCAUACUACCUUACAAUCGUUAAAUCAAAUUAAGCUAACGACAACGAAUCUUUCAAGCAAAUAUGGGUUCCAGAAUGCGAAUAAGGUAGAUUUAAACGAGGCUAGUAAAACUAUUGCUGCUGGUGAGGUAAAAAUCCAGAAAGGCCUAGCAGCUGCUAUGAAUGACGUUAGUGGUCUCAAGAAUGAAUAUUUGAAUAUGCUCUUUGAGCACUACGGUGAAGAUAUCAAUCAGCUACGAAAUGCUCCUGAUUUUUCUAAUAAAUCGCUAGUCAUGCUGGCGAAUGUUUUAAAAGACGGUGGUAACAUGUUCGACUUUGAAACACUAAAAACUGUUGUUGAAAAUAAAUAG